AUGUUUCAACAACAACAAACUAUUGGUGAACAACUAUCUCAACAAUCCCAACGCCAACAAAAUUAUUAUGAUAAUGGAGAAUUUGAACAUUCCGUCCAGCAACUUAUUCAACAGCAGCGACUUCAGCAACCAAUUCAAAAUCUCGGCCAACAAUUCCAACAACAAAAUUAUGACCGACAACUUCAAAAUCACGUGCAACAAAAUCUUCAGCAAAAUUUCGGUCAAAUUCAACAAAUUAAUAGUCCAAAUCAGCAAAUGCUUCAACAACAAAUUCAAGAAACUCAGCAAACUCAAAAUAUUGAUCAUAGAGUUGUUGCAUUUGACAAUUCAUUAUCAUUUCAAAAAAUGACUAAUGAUGACAACAAUAAUAACAUGCUGGCAGCGCAAUCUUUGUCACCACUACAAUUAGUUUAUGUUAAUAACAACUCAAAUACAUCAUCUUUACUAUCAAUUAAUAACGAUAUUAGUAAUUUUCAUUUUAAUAAUCACGAUUUAAAUUUAAAUGUUUCUUUAUUCAAUCCUAGAAACAACAAUUAUGAGGAUUCUUUAAUUGCAGCUAUUUCUCAUCAUAUGUUAAUUAUUAAAGACUAUAGGAUGAAAAUUAAUCAACUCCAUUUUGAAUUGGAACAAACUGUCAAUAUGUUAAGACGUUGGGAUGACAAUCGCGAUUUAAAUUUAAAUGUUUCUUCAUCCAAUCCUAGAAACAACAAUGAGGAAGAUUCUUUAAUUGCGGCCAUUUCUCAUCAUAUGUUAAUUACUAAAGACUAUAGGAUGAGGAUUAAUCAACAUCAUUUCGAAUUGGAACAAAUUGUCAAUAUGUUAAGACGUUGGGAUAACAAUCGCGAUUCAAAUUUAAAUGUUUCUACUUUCAAGUUUAGAAACAACAAUGAGGAGGAUUCUUUAAUUGCAACCAUUUCUUAUCAUAUGUUAAUUAUUAAAGACUAUAGGAUAAAGAUUAAUCAACACCAUUUCGAACUGGAACAAGUUGUACAUAUAUUAAGACGCAGAGAUAAUAGUCGCGAUUUAAAUUUAAAUUUUUCUUCAUUCAAUUCUAGAAACAACAAUGGGGAUUCUUUAAUUGCAGCCAUUUUUCAUCAUAUGUUAAUUAUUAAAGACUAUAGGAUGAAGAUUAAUCAACACCAUUUCGAACUGGAACAAGUUGUCAAUAUGUUAAGACUUAGAUAUAGUUAA